GCCCUCUCUCCCAGCUCGACUCGUCAAGAUACCGAGUCUGCUGUCGUCAUGCCGUCCGCCGCUUUCCUAGUUUACUCAGGCAUUAUGCCACUUCUCAAGACAUUCUUUACGAUCAUCGCCGGCUAUGCCGCCGCAAAGAUGGGCAUGUUCCCUCCGGCCGCCUCUCGUGGUACCUCUCAUAUCACCAUGAACAUGGCCCUCCCUGCGCUCAUCUUCGCGAACGUCGUUCCUGCCUUCACGCCCUCGAACAUAUCAGCUUUGGGGCCUUUGUUUUUGAUCGCGUUCACGUAUCAGGCUAUCGGUUUCCUAAGCGGCUUGAUCAUUCGUGAAGUAUGCUACGUUCCCCGCAACUUCUGGCAAGGUGUAAUUGUUAUGACUGGUAUGAGCAACUGGGGAAACCUUCCGACUGCGGUCGUCCUCUCCAUCACGCAACAGGCUCCCUUCAACCCAGCCACCGAUCCCGCUCUGGGCGUUUCUUACGUGUCUAUAUUCAUCGUGUCCUACCACCUCGUGUUCUGGAUGGGCGGUGCGGCCCAUUCCCUAUCAUGGGACUUCCGACCCGGCGUCCCGCAAGGCGAAGCAGCGGAGGUCCGCGUAUCCUGGAAAGAGAAGCCCAUUGGCUCGCUAAUUACGCGCUACAUCCUCCGCCAGGAGCCCCCGAACUCCUUCGCCGCAGCGGCGAUCGAGGCCGACAAGACCAAGGAUAUCGAGGAAUCUUUCUCCGAAAAGGAGAAGAACGCAGGGACCGACGGUGCCAUCCCGGUCUCUGAGCUGCGCCGGUCUGAAGGCAUCGACGACACCGCAGAGUCCGACCCCGACGUCCAGCUCGCGCGCAGGACGUCUCGAAUCUCCACCGCUUCAGUUCCGAUGCCACAUCGCCGACCAUCCCUGUCCGCGGCCGCGGCGCCCUCCGCGAUCCCUUCUGCUCCCCCGCCCUCCCCCGCCCAGUCUGCACGCGACCUCGAGACGCAGAGCAUAGCGCAGCGCAGCGAGACCCUGCACACCCCGACGCUUCCCCAGAAGAUCGUGCGUGUGUUCAGGCCCCUCGGUGCGAUCGUUACCCCCGUCACAUGCACACUCGCCGUGUCGCUGCCCAUCGCGCUCGUCCAGCCGCUCAAGGCGCUGUUCGUCGACGUCUCUGCCACUGGCGGGCCGAGCUUCAAGGGCCCUGACGGCCGUCCCCCGCUGGCGUUCAUGAUCGACACCGCCAACUUCAUGGGCGGGAUCACCGUGCCCCUCGCGCUCGUCCUCCUCGGCGCAAGCUUCGCACGCAUCAAGCUGCCCCGCCCGCUCUCGCGCCUGCCCAUCAUGGCCAUGUUCCUCUCCACCUUCGCGAAGAUGAUCAUGCUCCCCGUGAUCGGCAUCUUCCUCGUUCAGGCGAUGACCGGGGCCGGCUUGGUCCAGAAGGACGAGAAGGCCUUGCGGUUCGUCAUGAUGUUCUUGAGCGGGACGCCGACCGCUGUCAACCAGCUGAUCGUCGCUUCGCUCUACGCGCCGGACGGGAAUGUCGAUAAUCUCUCGGCAUGCUUACUCGUCCAAUACAUCUUCAUGUUCAUCGCUUCUUCGGCUCUUACAGCUGUCGCGCUUCUCCUGCUGUAGCCAACUGACUGCGGCCUAUCCAUGCAUGACGCUCACGGACAUCUUCUACGGCAUCUACUGCAUGUCAUCUAUUCCGGCUUCCUGGGACGACCCUUCCUCCGGUCUUCUCAUGCUUUCCCUCCUACUAAGCCUCGAGAGUCGUACUCUCCUCGGCUGGCACGAUGGUCCACUACUUUGGCUUUAGAUCUCCUUGCACUUAGACACGAUCGGCACUGGGGGCAUCCAUGCCCAUGACCUUCCUCACGCUUACCUCCACGUUGGCAUUCUCGCGCCUUCAUGCUCAUUGUUCUGACUGCACGUCAUUCCUGUAUCAAUUAGACGCACCGCAUGCUCUCGCCCGCCCGCAGCAAUCACAUAGACCAAUCAC